AAAACAAAAGCAGCCAAGGGCGGCCCACAAAUCAAAGGAAACGCAGCCCACAACUCAGUGAAAAGCCACCGGGGCAGCCCACAAAAUGCGCGCCGUCGCCUUCGUCCUCGCCGCCGCGGCGCCCUACCGGGCGUCGGCUUUGCUCGACCACGGCGCCCGCCGCGCGCUGCGGGGCCGGCGCCUCCGAGGCGCGACCUUCGGGCUCGUCGCGAGGACGAGCCCGAGCGACGCGAACGCGAUGUAUUAUCCCCAGCAAUCGUACGGCAAGUCGGUGGCGAUCGACGGCGACAUCGCCGUGGUUGGUGCCCCCGGCGACGGCAACGAGAAGGGCGCCGCGUACGUGCUCAGAACGACCGACGGCGGCGCCACGUACGUCGAGCUGGCCAAGCUGACGGCCUCCGACCGCUACUCCGUGGCCGGCGAGCACCGCUUCGGCUGGUCCGUCGCGAUCGACGGCGACACCAUCGUGGUCGGGGCCCCGGGCACCGUGGUCUGGGACUCGGUCGAUACCCCGGGCGCGGCCUACGUCUACCGCACGACCGACGGCUGGGCCUCGCACACGGAGCUCAAGCUGACGGCCGACGACGCCGAGGAGCAGGACGGCUUCGGCGGCGCUGUGGCGAUCGCCGGCGGUACGAUCGUGGCGGGGGCCUGGAACCAAGGCGGCGGUGCGGCCUACGUCUACCGCACGACCGACGGCGGCGGCACGUAUCCCCAGGUGGCCAAGCUCUCCAGCGACUGCGUCAACGUGCUCUACCCCUCCCAGCCCUGCUCCGGGGACGCCUUCGGCGCGUCCGUGGCGAUCUCGGAGUCCGGCGACACCAUCGUAGCCGGGGCCUGGGGCCACGGCGACGCGAAGUUCGACGACGCCGGGGCUUACUCCGAGAGCCCCGCCAUGGGCUCGGCCUACGUCCUCCGCACGACCGACGACUGGUCCACACCUGUGUGGAAAUCAAACAGUGUGUCGGGUGCACCAUUUCUCGGUGAUGACGCGGCCGUCCUGGCUCGGUCGAGCGGCGAGGAACCAGCAUCGCCACGCCAUCGAGCAGGCGUCGCGUCGAUGGCGUGGAGGACGAGGCGAUGAUUCAACACGAACGCGCCGUAAAAUUUUGAUUUCCACACAGGUCCACACACACGACGACCAAGCUGACGGCGGCCGACGCCGCGCAGGGCGACGAGUUCGGCAUCUCCGUGGCCAUCGAUGGGGACACCGUCGUGGUCGGAGCCUGGAAGGACGGCGACACGGGCUCGGCCUACGUCUUCCGCGCGAGCGACGGCACCCAGCUGGCCAAGCUGAUUGCCGAUGACGCAGCGGUGGACGACGAGUUCGGCGGCUCCGUGGCGAUCUCCGGCGACACCAUCGUCAUCGGCGCCGAGGACAAGGACGAGACGGCCUACGGCACCCACGGCGCGGCCUACGUCUACCGCACGAGCGACGGCGGCGCCACGUACGUCGAGCUGGACAAGCUGGCGGGCUCAGACGACAAUGGUUCAUUCGGCGCCUCCGUGGCGAUCGACGGCGGCACCGUCCUCGUCGGAGAGUCCAACGGCGAAGACCCCGACGGCGUGGUCUUCGACGGCAGUCGGGCCCGCUCGGGCGUGGUCCACGUGUUCUCGAGCGACGCGAGUUUGUGGUCGUCGUCCGGCGCGCUGGGCUCGACGGGUUCCAGCUCUGGCGGCUCCUCCGGCGGCUCCGACUCCAACACGGGGGCAGUCGUCGCGGGCUGCGUCUUCGGCGCCUUCGCCCUGCUCUUCGUCGGCGCCGUGGCCUACUUCUACCGGCUCUCCCCGGAAGAGCAGGCGGCGGCGAAGGAAAAAUUCUGGGCGGCCGAGGCGGAGGGCGAGAAAAAAUUCUGGGCGGCCGAGGCGGAGGGCGAGAAGCAGGUGAAGGCCUUGUUCGCGAAGGCCGAGGGCGAACCUGAGGCCGCGGCCGGAGCCGCGGCCGAAGAAGCUGCGCCCUAGCCCGCGCCGCGCCCCACAAUUCGACGAGGUCCAGCCACGACAGCUCCGGCUCGCGCCUCCUAGCAGCUAAGAAAGUACUAGUAGUUCUCUUA